GAACAAGGAAGUACUAAUCUUUUCAAAAGUACACGUGUCUUUGCAGAGCAGCGCUAGGCUUUGUGUACAACGUUCUUGUUUACUGUGCUGUAGAACUCAUAACAAGCAUGCAGCGAAAAAGGACCAUAGAGAAAAAGCAAACAGAUUCUGAUCAGAAUAAUUCAUCAAAGACAAAUUCAUCUGAUAAGCCCUCUGAUCAAAAUGCAAAUCCUGUCUCUCAAGAAGGGCUGUGCUCUCGGGUGUUGUCAGUUGGAAAGUACCUUCUUCUCUGUAUCAUCAUCCCUCCUUUUCUUAAUUAUGCAUCCUUGCAGAGGGAAGGAUUACUGUUACAGCCAGAGGGAGGACAGUUGAUAGAUGUUGGUUUGGGGCAGAAGAUGUACCUAACCUGCAAAGGAACAGGACAGCCUCUUGUGGUACUGGAUGCACCCACUGGCAUGUCUUCAGAUGUCUGGUUUCAAAUACAGGAUGAUCUAUCCCAGUUAACAAAGGUUUGUACAUAUGACAGGGUUGGUCUUGGGUUCAGUAAGCGGACAUUGCAGAAUGAGACAACAGGAGUGGAAAGGGUUUGGAGAGAGUCAACCACUGGAAGAAUGGUUGAUGACCUUCAUCGACUUAUCAAGGAAGCCAAACUUCCAAAACCCUUCAUUCUGGUGGGCUCUGAGCUGGGGGCCCUCAAUGGCAGGUUUUAUAGUCAUAUCCAUGACUGGGAGGUUUCGGAUCUUGUCCUCAUUGAUCCAAUCCCUGAAGACAUCUUUUUGGAGGACGUAUGGCAGCAGUACUGGUACAAAGAACUGGUGCCUUAUCUACAAACGCUGCAGUUUUCUGCGGCCAGUGGAUUAAGUCGACUGUUACUAAUUGCGGGGUGGAUGCAGCCACCAAUCACAGGAGAGAACAUUUCUGAAGAUUUAAUAAGAAGACAAAAAUACCUUCUUAGUAACCCAGCUCAUCAAAGUAGUUCUGUUGACGAACAUUUUUUUCUUAAUGAGAGCGUGUCUCAAGUCAGGGAAAUUGCAACAUACAAACCCCUCUCCAGCAGGACUUCUGUGAGUGUGAUCACCGGCGAUUAUUAUGAUGCACUGCUUCCAGCCCAUCUUAAUUUGGCAGUAGAAAAGUUUCAAGAACAACUGCUGGCACAGACCUACCCAUCAGCCAAACAGAUUAAGAUCCCCGGGGCUGACAGGAAAAUGAUUUACAAAAAGCCUUAUGAAGUUAGUAAACACUUAAUGAAGUUGGUAAAACAAAAGAAGCCCAAACAGGAGAGUCAGUAGUUCAUAAACCGAUCCCAUGGCCAUAAAAUAUGUACCUUGAUGGACUGUUAAUAUGAAAAAAGAAAGCCCCAAAAUGUUUAUUGGUUGUAUGUUUUUUGUUUAAGUUAAAGUGAGGACGGUAUGGCUUUUGCAUGCAGUAUAUCUAAAUAUUUAAAAUCUUUGGUGAUUUGACACUUGUUUGCAACUCUAUUCUGUGUUUUGCUUGAAACCUGAAUUUCCUACAGAAAAUAUAUAUUAGAUCAUAAAUGCAUGUAUUGGUUAUGAAGCUCCAAAACCAAAAUGCUAACAUUUUGCUAAAAUUCAGAAAUUAAGAAAACUAACCAUUUUCAUUGAAUUGAAAAUAUUUGGAAAAAGUAUUUCCCCAACAACAUUUUCAACGAUUUUAAAGGUGUUUAUGACUUAAUUUGCUAUGUAGUGUUUCUAAAAUACCUUCAUUUUAAUACAGUGACAUUCCUGGGUUUAUUUUAAUGAUCUAAACAGUGGUGUUCUUGAUUUUUAUUAUGUGCAGUUUACUGGAAAACACUAGAAAUGUAGAUGUUUACAAUCUCAUUUGUUAAACUGCUGUUUUUCCUAGUCUUUGCAACAUAUAUCAACAUUGACAUUUCCUGUCAGACAUAUAAGUAAAAAUCAAUUGGAAAUAAAACUUAUUUAAUCAUGGUAACCAAUGUACUUUUUUAAAAAAUAUCUCAAUGCUGUUCAUUAACUUGCUGUUAUAUUGAUAACCACACUUGUUUUUUGAUUGUGUGUAGUAAAUAAAGUUGUUUAUUAAAAUA